CUUCUUCUGUUUCCCUCCCAAGGGGAACGAGGCCCAGUCGGGAGCCCAGGACUUCAGGGCUUCCCAGGCAUCACCCCCCCUUCCAACGUGUCUGGCUUCCCCGGUGACAAAGGGGCACCGGGCAUAUUUGGCUUGGAAGGUUAUCGAGGUCCCCCCGGGCCGCCUGGGCCUGCCGCUCUUCCUGGAGGCAAAGGAGAUGUGGGGAACCCAGGAGCUCCAGGAAACCCCGGGACCAAAGGAUGGGGCGGGGACCCUGGGCCCCAAGGCCAGCCCGGCGUGUUCGGUCUCCCGGGAGAGAAAGGGCCCAGAGGGGAGCCAGGAUUCAUGGGAAACACAGGCGCCACCGGGAGUGUGGGCGACCGAGGCCCCAAGGGACCCAAGGGAGACCGAGGACUCCCAGGUGCCCCCGGUUCCAUGGGAUCCCCUGGGAUUGCAGGAAUCCCCCAGAAGAUUGCCAUCCAGCCGGGGCCAGUGGGUCCGCAGGGAAGGAGAGGCCCCCCGGGGGCACAGGGAGAGAUGGGGCCCCAGGGCCCCCCAGGAGAACCAGGUUUCCGCGGAGCUCCCGGGAAGGCAGGGCCCCAGGGCAGAGGUGGUGUGUCUGCUAUUCCUGGAUUCCGAGGAGACCAGGGGCCCACGGGACACCAGGGGCCGGUGGGCCAGGAAGGGGAGCCGGGCCGCCCAGGGUCCCCCGGCCUGCCGGGCAUGCCCGGCCGCAGCGUCAGCAUCGGCUACUUGCUGGUGAAGCACAGUCAGACGGACCAGGAGCCCAUGUGCCCCGUGGGCAUGAACAAGCUCUGGAGCGGGUACAGCCUGCUGUACUUUGAAGGCCAGGAGAAAGCCCACAACCAGGACCUGGGGCUGGCGGGCUCCUGCCUGGCUCGGUUCAGCACCAUGCCCUUCCUAUACUGCAACCCCGGGGACGUGUGCUACUACGCUAGUCGGAACGACAAGUCCUACUGGCUGUCCACCACCGCCCCGCUGCCCAUGAUGCCCGUGGCCGAGGACGACAUCAGGCCCUACAUCAGUCGCUGCUCUGUGUGCGAGGCCCCAGCCGUCGCCAUCGCUGUGCACAGCCAAGAUGUCUCCAUCCCCCACUGCCCAGCUGGAUGGCGGAGUCUGUGGAUUGGAUACUCCUUCCUCAUGCACACAGCCGCCGGUGACGAGGGCGGCGGCCAGUCGCUGGUGUCGCCGGGCAGCUGCCUGGAGGACUUCCGCGCCACGCCCUUCAUCGAGUGCAACGGGGGCCGCGGGACCUGCCACUACUAUGCCAACAAGUACAGCUUCUGGCUCACCACCAUCCCCGAGCGGAGCUUCCAGGGCUCACCGUCCGCCGACACGCUCAAGGCGGGGCUCAUCCGGACGCACAUCAGCCGCUGCCAGGUGUGCAUGAAGAACCUGUGAGGGGCCGGGCGCGCUUCUCUCCGGGGCCACGCGCAGCCCGGGGGCCACUUUGGUGCUUGCUCUUAACUCGUUACCUCAGAGGACGCCCCCAGACGGAUCUUGUUCUUUUCUUUAAAAACCCAACGGGAGGGCUUCCGAAGGAAUUCGGCACCGGUGCUUCUACCAAGUAGCCCCUUGCAGCGCGCAGGUGCCGGCCCCCCUCCCCGCCGUGGGGGGCCGGCCCCUGCCCAGCACCCGUGUCCAGCCAUACAUCGCGUGCUAGGCGUCGCCACCUUCUUCAUCUGCUUCCGAGCGCCCCGCCACCGACCCGCAUACUGGACCCACUUAACAGGGUGGUGCAGACAAAGGAAGCCUGAACUCCCUGCUGCGGUCCCCACGGCCGGUCUCCGGCCACUCUGCGGGCAGCUCUGUUUUCUCCCAAAGACCACCGAUGUGACUUUGAAUCCCCUCAGGAAGGCCAGGGGUGCCUUUUGUGUUAAAAGCCUUAGAUCGUCCGCACGAGCUCCCCUCCCCCCACGUCCUUACAGACCACCGGAAGCGGAGACCUUCUCAGCACCUGAUGUCAGCCACGCCACCGGCCGGCGCACUCGAGAAUCCUCGGCCCCAGGUGGCCCCGGGGAUUGACCCUCUGUCCUUGGUGACUUGUAUGCCUAUGACUUAAUCUAACCUCUGUAACGACCACAGAAUAAAAGUUGGUUUUGAGCUUUUUAUA